GUCGUGUGUGGUCAACAAAUAAAAUAAUAAAAUGUUGGAAAAAAACACGGAUAUUCCCAGUAUGGCUAGCCAAUCCUUAGGAUACGCCCUUAAACGCAGAAAAGAUCGGUUUGUGGUCGAGCCAAUCGUGGGGAUCGUGAAUCCAGCUUACGAGCCCGACCUUGGUGGAGAUGUGUCCUCAGUCAGCGACUCCAAUCGAAAAUGGCAAGUGCAGAUCAUAUAUGACCUAAAUAAUGUGCAGCACAGUGGCCUCUUCAUAUGGCACCAAUAUACUUACAUGGAGAAAAUGUAG